AAAUAUUUCAUGCUCUACCUUCGCCCUUCUUUCUCUCUCUAAAUAAAUCUACUUACUUACUGCUAGAGAAAUAUUCUUAUUCUGCAUGUCGGAACCGAGAUCGUGCCGUGUCAAAUCGUUAUGGCGGUUCGGAAAAAAAAAACCCACAACACCAUAAAAUAAACUCUGUUGCCAUUGACUCAAUUUUGCGGCACUCAAAAUUUCUUCUGCUCUCCCCAAAUCGAAGAUUCCUGAGCUCAAGUGGAACCAAAUGUUCAUAAUCUUCAACUAGUCGAUCAAUUAAUUCAAUUCAAUUAUUAAAUCAAUUCAAUUCAUCUUUUUGUUAUCGUCUCAGCAAUGGAGGCAGGAGAAGAAUUAUCAUCAGCAUCAUCAAUGGCCAGCAUAUCAAAAUCAAUGGCCGUGAUAGCUUGCGUCGCCAUGACUUUGCUUUACGUGGCAGUCCUCUACGCUCCGACGCUUAUCUUCCGCCGUCCUCCACCUACUUCGUAUAAGCAAUUCAUGAUUCGACGCUUUGUUUGCGCCGCCUCUUCUUCCAUUCUCUGUGUCUUCAUUUCCUCUUUUCUUCUACUUCCUGUUCAGAGCUGGAAAAUAACGUAUCUAUUAAACCUUUAUGGUAUCCAAACUGACCAUGUUUGGCACGCUGUGGUCUUUCCAUUUUCCUUGACUUCUAUUGUAUAUGCGGGAUCCAUGGUCCUUAAGUGUCUUUUAUUGUUGGAUUCAUGGAUUGAAGAUGGGAGUCAAGGCAUUCCAUUCAACUGUGUACAUAAUGUGUUUCGCAAGAUAUAUUGCGGAUCGAUAUCAGUUGCUUCCAACAUUGGAGCUUGGCGUAAUCUUGUUGUGGCGCCAAUUACUGAAGAAUUGGUGUUCAGGGCUUGCAUGAUACCUUUGCUUCUGUGUGGAGGAUUUAAGGUGCAAGCUGUGAUUUUUCUCUGCUCUGCCUUCUUCAGCUUGGCACACUUAAACCAUCUCUUGGAGUUCUAUUUCCGGAAGAAUAAUAGCCUUCUGAAAACCUCCAUUGCUCUCGGUACCCAGCUUGCAUAUACAAUGAUUUUUGGCUCUUAUGCUUCAUUUCUCUUCAUUAGAACAGGGCAUCUUGUUGCUCCAUUAGUUGCACAUAUAGUCUGCAAUUACAUGGGAUUGCCUGCUUUAUAUAAUAGAAGAAAAGGGGUAGUAGUAAGUUUGGCUUUCAUUGCCGGUUCUAUAGCUUUUGUUAGUUUCCUUUUACCUUUGACUAGUCCAGCUCUGUACAAUAAUAGGAUAGAUAAUUGCCAUUGUUGGCAAGGAUAUUGCAGUUAUAGCUAGAACUUUGGAAUUUUGUAGUCAAUUUUUUUUGCUUCAUAAGUUUCGUACCUGUGUUGUAAACAAAUUUUAAAAGAGAGAUUAUUUUUAUUCUUCA